AUGAUGGCGGAUAUUUGGAACCCCAAAUCCUUGGAAACUGAGAAUGUUAGAAGAGGCCUGUCUUCAAACAAGGACCCAAUGCCCAAUCCCAGGCCAGCGAAGCCCUCGGUUCCUUCCUUGGCCCUUAGCCCAUCCCUGGGACCCUCACCCAACUGGAGGGCUGCACCAAAGACCUCAGACCUGCUGGGGACCAGGGUACCGGGAGAAACUUUCCAGGGCCGGGACCUUCGAGGUGGGACCCAUGCCUCCUCUUCAUCCUUAAAUCCCAUGCCACCAUCGCAGCUGCAGCUACCCACAGUGCCCUUAGUCAUGGUGGCACCCUCCAGGGCACGACUGGGCCCCUCGCCCCACUUGCAGGCACUCCUCCAGGACAGACCACAUUUCAUGCACCAGCUCUCAACUGUGGAUUCCCAUGCCCGAGCCCCUGUGCUACAGGUGCACCCACUGGAAAGUCCAGCCAUGAUCAGCCUCCCACCACCCACUGAUGCCACCGGGGUCUUCUCCCUCAAGGCCCGGCCUGGCCUUCCACCUGGAAUCAACGUGGCCAGCCUAGAGUGGCUAUCCAGGGAGCCAGCGUUGCUGUGUACCUUCCCCAGCCCCGGGACACCCAGGAAGGACAGCACCCUUUUGGCCAUGCCCCAGGCCUCCUACCAACUGCUGGCAAAUGGUGCCUGCAAGUGGCCAGGAUGUGAGAAGGUCUUCGAGGAGCCGGAGGACUUCCUCAAGCACUGCCAGGCAGACCAUCUCCUGGAUGAGAAGGGCAAAGCGCAGUGUCUUCUCCAGAGGGAGGUGGUACAGUCUCUGGAGCAGCAGUUGGUACUAGAAAAGGAGAAGCUGGGUGCCAUGCAAGCCCACCUGGCCGGGAAGAUAGCACUGAGCAAGGCUCCAUCUAUGGCAUCCUCUGACAAGAGCUCCUGCUGCAUUGUGGCUACAGGCACUGCGGGCAGCCCCCUCCCGGCCUGGCCCAGCCCUGGAGAGGCCCCCAAUGGCCUGUUUGCUGUGCGGAGGCACCUCUGGGGCAGCCAUGGAAAUAGCACAUUCCCAGAGUUCUUCCACAACAUGGACUACUUCAAGUUCCACAACAUGCGGCCUCCUUUCACUUACGCCACUCUCAUCCGCUGGGCCAUCCUGGAAGCUCCUGAGAAGCAGCGGACACUCAACGAGAUCUACCACUGGUUCACGCGCAUGUUCGCCUUCUUCAGAAACCACCCUGCCACCUGGAAGAAUGCCAUCCGCCACAACCUGAGCCUACACAAGUGCUUCGUACGGGUGGAAAGUGAGAAGGGGGCUGUGUGGACUGUGGAUGAGUUCGAGUUUCGAAAGAAGAGGAGCCAGAGGCCCAGCAGGUGCUCCAACCCCGCACCCAGCCCCUGACCUCAAAACCAAGGCAAAAAGGGAAGGAUAGGG